CAUGACUCUAUUAGAUGCCAUGGAAAAAGAGUUUAGAGCAUAUAACAAAGAAUAUUAUGAAAAUGCCAUCAAUGAGGGCAAGAUUACAGUUAAUGGUGUUCGAGUCUCUCCAGAAUAUAAAUUGGAACAUGGCAUGCAGAUAGAACAUGCAACAACAAGAGUGGAACCUCCAAUCCUGGAUCUACCUGUCGAUAUUGUCUUUGAAGAUGAUAGUUUCGUUGUUGUGAGCAAACCUCCAUCCAUGAUUGUUCAUACAGGAGGAGGAUAUCAUUACAAUUGUCUGAGUGCUAUUCUCCACUUUGAACAUGGACUAAAGGAUUUAUAUGUAUUGCAUCGAUUGGAUAGGCUGACUUCAGGCUUAUUAAUUUUUUCUAAGAAUCGAUUAUUAGCUUAGAAGUUCCAUGAUGCCAAUAGCAAACUCAAUGUUUAAAAAACCUAUUUGGCUAGAGUACAAGGAAACUUUAGUGAGGAUAUCAAAGAAAACAAUAAGCCUUAAUAUUGUGUGUCGAUGAAAGAUGCCAUCUUUGCCUGUUGCAAGGAAGAAGAUGCUUAGAAAUUGGAUGCCAAAAGUGCUACAACCAAAUUUGAAAAAUUAUGGUAUGAUCCAAUCAGCGAUUCCUCGUUAUUGGAAUGCAAACCAAUCACUGGAAGAACACAUUAAAUUAGAGUGCAUCUAGCUGAUUUAGGACACCCUAUACUGAAUGAUAUUGGUUAUGGUGGAAAGUUUAUCGGAAAUGAAAUUGUCAAUAGGAAUUUUAAAGGCUUAAAAUAAGAAUCGAUUAGAUAAAAGGAUGUUUUGGAAGGGGAGGUUCUUGAAAUUGUUGGAAAGAAAGUUAAAUUGAAUACUUAAGGGGAUGAAUUAUAAAAAGAAAAAACUAAUGUUGACUAAAAUUAAGAAGAGCCAAAACUACUAUAAAAUGAAUAAUAAGAGAUUGUAAGUUAAGAUUAGAAAGAAAAAGUAGAAUAAUAAAUAUAAUAAGGAUAAGAAUAAGAAUAAUAAAUAGAAAAAUAAGAAUAAUAAGAACAAUAAAUAGAAAAAUAAUAAGAACAAUAAUAAUAAUAAGAUCAAUAAUAAAACCAAUAAUAAUAAUAAGUAUAAAAUAAUACCAAAAAUAAAUUACAUUAACAAUAAUAUGGAAAUACUUCAUUAUUGAAUGACUGUCUAUCUGGGAAAGAAGAAUGGGAUUACCAUAAACAUCCUUUAGAAAUUUACUUGCAUUCUUGGAAAUAUUUAUUUAAUGGAUAAGAAUUUAAAAGUAAAGAACCAUAUUGGUAUUAUAUAUGAGG